AUGUUUAAUUAUUAUAACUAAAAAGAAAAAAAUGCAGUAGAAACAUUAUUGAAUUUAGAUUUUACUCAAGAUUCACUGCAUGAAAUUGAUUAUGACAAAGAAACUAAAAAAUUAUUAAGAAGAACUCAAUCUAAUUCAUUGGCUGAUGCAAGAAAAAUCAUUCUACACCUAACUCAAUCUAACUUAUCUGCUCCAUAGAAUACUUCAAGCAAAUUAAAUAGUCCAGGAAAUGAUUCUAGAUGUAGAACUGAUCUGAGAACCAUGUCACUUUACAGGCCUUAAGAUAAAAUCCUUACUCCUUUAGUUUAGUAACAUAAAUUUGUAAUUACAUAAGUCAAAACCAACAGAAUUAGACACUCAUCUGAAUAUAAGACUGUCUAAGUUUAAACAGUGUAAGUGGCUUCAACUUUGCAAGAAUUUAACUUCAAUUUUUUUGGAAAAAACUAUAAUAGCUACUCUAAAAAAUCUACAAAAUCAUUGCCCAGAUGUUUUUUGAGAUUUAAGAAAAGAUAAAAUUGA